AUCGUGAGUUUCACAGAUCCCCAUGUGAGCUCUGUUCCCAAAGUUAAGAUGCUGAAUUGUCUUUAACGCCGCUUUCUUCAUAAAUAUCACCAGGGACCCAGUACAAAAUGCUGAUUGGGAAAGAAAUUCCAUGGAGGCGCUUGCAAAGCAUAUCGUUUAACGUGUAUUCGGCAGAAGAAAUCAGGAAGCUGAGUGUAAAGGCAAUCACCAAUCCUAAUCUGUUGGACAAUGUGGGCAAUCCGGCAACAAAUGGCCUGUAUGAUCUGGCAUUGGGUCCAGCUGAUUCCAAGGAAGUAUGUGGUACUUGUGCUCAGGAUUUCACUAACUGCCCAGGCCACGUGGGCCAUAUAGAUCUUCCACUCACGGUCUACAAUCCCUUAUUUUUUGAUAAACUUUACCUUAUGAUACGGGGCUCCUGCCUGAACUGCCAUAUGCUGACGUGCCCUCGUGCGGUAAUGUACCUGCUGUUAAAUCAACUACAAAUAGUAGAUUGUGGAGCUGUUGAAGAUGUGUAUGAAUUGGAGAAAAUAUUGAAUGAGGUGUUGGAGAAAAAUUCAAAGGCCACAAUAGAUGACAUCCAGGAAGCACUGAAUGAACAUACCCAGAAAGUGUUGAAAAAUCGAAUAUCCUGCAAGGCUUCUCAAGUGAAAACUGUGACUGACUGCAAGGAUAAGUUAAUAAGGGAUUUCUGGAAAAUACACAUGAAAUCAAGGAAGUGUCCAAACUGCAAAGCUGGAAAAUCAAUUAUACGAAAGGAACACAAUAGCAAACUCAUCGUGACGUACCCCUCAGCUGCACUCAAAGUCAAGUCGAAAAAAAAUACUGAUACAGUAGUGCAAGCAAAUGGAGGUCUUGAUGAUUCACUCUUUGGAAAACGAGGGUUCCUGACACCUAUCACUGCAAAAGACCAUGUGAUGGAACUGUGGAACAACGAUGGCUUCUUCUUGAAGUAUCUAUUUCCUGGUUUGAAAAUGCACGGAGAUUCAAAGUCCAGCUGGAACCUCGACAUGUUUUUCCUUGAUCUUCUCGUUGUUCCUCCUUCCAGAUUUCGUCCAAUUAAUCGGCUCGGAGACCAGAUGUUCACCAAUGGGCAAACUGUAAAUCUACAAGCAGUGAUGAAAGAUGUCCAAGUGAUACAUAAGCUACUGACCUUAAUAGCACAGGAACAGGUGAAGCCCGAACAGCCUAAUCAGACUGAGGAGAUAGCAACACCGGUAGAAGACACCUCAUCCAGGAUUGACCUUUCCUUCUUAGCGGGCAUUUCUGGCCAGACACUGACAGACAAACUCUACAGUGCCUGGAUUUACCUUCAGAGCCACGUUAAUAUUGUUUUUGACAGUGAUAUGGAUAAGCUGAUCACUGACAAAUUUCCAGGUAUUCGGCAGAUCCUGGAAAAGAAGGAGGGUCUCUUCCGCAAACACAUGAUGGGAAAACGUGUAGAUUAUGCUGCCCGCUCAGUCAUCUGUCCAGAUAUGUACAUCAACACCAAUGAGAUUGGCGUCCCAAUGGUCUUUGCUACAAAGCUAACUUAUCCUCAGCCAGUGACACCUUGGAACGUGCAGGAGCUGAGGCAAGCAGUGAUAAAUGGGCCAAAUAUACACCCCGGGGCUUCCAUGGUCAUCAAUGAAGACGGAACCCGCACCAUUCUGAAUGCAAACAACGCGAGCCAGAGAGAUGCCAUUGCCAAACAGCUACUGACACCCAGUACUGGCGAGCAGAAUCUGGGGAUGAAAAUUGUGUGCCGGCACAUUAAGAAUGGUGAUGUCCUGCUGCUGAACCGCCAGCCCACCUUGCACAGGCCUUCCAUUCAGGCCCAUCGGGCACGGAUCCUGCCUGGAGAGAAGGUCCUGCGGCUUCACUACGCGAACUGCAAAGCCUACAAUGCUGACUUUGACGGUGAUGAGAUGAAUGCCCACUUUCCGCAGAAUGAACUGGGACGAGCCGAGGCCUACUUGCUUGCCAGCACUGACCAACAAUAUUUGGUUCCCAAGGAUGGCAAGCCUUUGGCGGGUUUGAUUCAGGAUCACAUGGUCUCCGGUACCAGCAUGACCAUCCGCGGCCAAUUCUUCACCAGAGAACAGUACAUGGAACUUGUCUACCGGGGUCUUACAGAUAAACGAGGGCGUGUGAAAAUCCUCCAACCAGCAGUAAUCAAACCUUACCCACUCUGGACUGGAAAGCAGGUUGUUUCUACGUUGCUGAUCAAUGUAAUCCCCAAAGAUCAUGUGCCACCGAACUUGAUCGGAAAAUCUAAAAUCGGUGGGAAGGCUUGGGUUAAAGAAGCUCGGCGCAUGGUGAUCGACUUUGACUCGGAAUGGAUGUCAGAAUCCAAGGUUGUUAUUUUGAAAGGAGAGUUGCUGUGUGGUGUUCUGGACAAAGCUCACUAUGGCAGUUCACCCUACGGUUUGGUCCACUGCUGUCAGGAGCUGUACGGUGGAGAGACUAGUGGAAAGCUACUGACCUGUUUGGCACGGCUCUUCACUGCUUACCUACAGCUAUACCGGGGAUUUACUUUAGAUGUUGAGGACAUUCUAGUGAAGCCCAAAGCAAACGCAAAGCGACAAAAAAUCAUUGCACAAUUGGCACAGUGUGGAGCCAAGGCCAUCCGAAAUGCUUUUAAUUUACCGGAGUCUGCCUCAUGUGAAGAAGCUCAAGAUAAGUGGCAAAAUGCUCACCUCAGUAAAGAUCCCAGGGACAUGAAUGUAGUGGACCUGAAAUUUAAAGAAGAAAUGAAUCAGUACAACAACCAGAUCAACAAGGUCUGUAUGCCCCUGGGUCUUCAUAGGCAGUUUCCAGAAAAUAACCUGCAGCUCAUGGUGCAAUCUGGUGCAAAGGGCUCAGCUGUUAAUACUAUGCAGAUCUCUUGUCUUCUUGGACAGAUUGAGCUGGAAGGUCGCCGACCGCCAUUGAUGCCUUCUGGGAAAUCAUUGCCCUGUUUCCAACCUUACGACUUCACUCCACGUUCCGGUGGUUUUGUCACUGGCCGCUUUCUUACUGGUAUCAGCCCUCCGGAGUUUUUCUUUCACUGUAUGGCUGGCAGGGAAGGUCUGGUAGAUACAGCUGUGAAAACUAGCCGAUCUGGGUACCUUCAAAGAUGCAUAAUAAAGCAUUUGGAAGGGCUGGUCGUACAAUAUGACCUGACAGUACGGGACAGUGAUGGCAGUAUUGUACAAUUCCUGUAUGGGGAAGAUGGUUUGGAUAUUCCAAAGACUCAGUUCCUGCAGCCAGAACAGUUCCCUUUUAUUACAAAUAACUAUGAGGUGAUCAAAAAGUCAAAGCACUUGGAAGAGGUAUUAAGUAAAAUGGAUUGUGAGGCUGCAGCCAAGUGUCAUAAAGCAAUAAAGAAAUGGAAAACAAGGCACCCAGCUCCCCACUGUCGUCUCGGUGCAUUCCUGCUGUUUUCACAGAAAGAGCUGGGUAAAAUCAAGGAGGCGAAUCCUGAAGGGGAGAUGCUGAAUACUAGAGACCCUGUAACUCAGCGAUUACAGGAGUUAUGGGAAUCAUUGAAUGCGAAGAGCAAACAUAAAUAUAUGAAGAAGGCUGCUCGCUGUCCUGACCCCUGCAUUGCUGUUUAUCGACCAGACAUUUAUUUCGGCUCAGUUUCGGAAGACUUUAGUGAUGUUGUCGAUAAAUAUCUAAAUGAACAGGAGGGUAAUGAUUCUGGCAAGUACACUGAGUCAGAGCUGUCGCCAAAAUGUUUGAAGGACCUUCUGAGUGUGAAGUGGCAGAGAUCGCUGUGUGAGCCAGGAGAGGCUGUCGGGCUCCUGGCUGCACAAAGUAUAGGAGAACCAUCAACACAGAUGACACUGAACACUUUCCAUUUUGCUGGCAGAGGAGAAAUGAAUGUCACUCUAGGGAUUCCCAGGUUGCGUGAAAUUCUAAUGGUGGCAAGUGCUAACAUUAAAACGCCAAUGAUGACUAUUCCUGUGCUGAACACCAAGAAAGCAUUGAAGAAAGUCAAGAAACUGAAGAAACAACUCACAAGAGUGUGUUUGGCAGAGGUUUUACACAAGAUUGAGGUGAAAGAUUCCUUUCAGGUUCAAAGCAAGGUGGAGAAGUUUAGGAUGUACCAAAUAAAAUUUUACUUUCUGGAUUACAAACUAUAUCGAAAUGAAAAGUGUUUGACUCCAGAUGAUUUAUUGCACUACAUGGAGACCAGGUUCUUCCGGCUACUGCUUGAGAACAUUAAAAAGAUGAGUGCUAAACUGGGUUCAUUUAAAGUUGUGAAUUCACGGAAAGCUACACAGAAGGAUCUGAAUGAAGACUCUGGAGAAGGCGGAUACGACAGGGAUGACAAUGAGCUGGCUGCUGAAGAGGAGGUCCCAAUUGUUGACGCGCAAGCAGAUGAAGGAGAUGCCGAUGCUACAGAUGCUAAAAGGCGUGAAAAACAGGAAGAAGAGGUGGAUUAUGAUAGUGAGGGAGAGGAGGCCAGAGACGAUGCAGAAGAACUAGAGGAGAAGGAAGAAGAAGUCCUCUCAAAAGACGACCAACAGGAACUUACCAACCAAGACUCUUCUGAAUAUUCUGAUUUUACGAAGAAUAGUAGAAGGGAGACCACAGUGGACAUGGGCGAUGCAAGAGUAAAUGCGGUGUUAAAUUUACAUCCUGCUAUUGAAGGUUAUAAAUAUGAUGCAAAUGACAGUCUGUGGUGUGAGGUUAAACUAAAGCUGCCGAUUAUGAAGGUGCACUUUGACUUCUCCUCAUUGAUCAUGUCUGUGGCACAAAAGGCAGUUGUUUACGAGACCAGAGGGAUCACUCGUUGCCUUUUGAAUGAAACGACCAACAGGACAGGAGAGAAGGAGACAGUUUUGAACACGGAGGGAAUAAACCUUACCGAGAUGUUCAAGUAUGACAAUGUCUUGGAUCUGAGCCGCUUGUAUUCAAAUGAUAUCCACGCUAUGGCCAGUACUUAUGGCAUCGAGGCUGCUCUCAGAGUCAUAGAAAAAGAAAUCAAAGAUGUCUUUGCUGUUUACGGUAUCCAAGUGGAUCCUCGACACCUUUCCCUUGUGGCGGACUACAUGUGUUUUGACGGAUCAUACAAGCCAUUUAACCGCAUUGGCAUUCAGUCAAGCUCCUCGCCCCUUCAGCAGAUGACUUUUGAAACCAGCUACAAGUUCUUGAAACAAGCAACUAUGCUAGGCUCUCAUGAUGAACUGAAGUCUCCAUCAGCCUGCCUGGUGGUAGGGAAAGUGGUCCGUGGUGGGACGGGGCUUUUUGAUUUGAAGCAGCCUCUUAAGUGACCCCUCAUCCGAUGAGAGACCUUUUUUCUUGGAAGUGGAAACAAGAAACUUUGUGAAUAUGUUGAUGGUCAGACACAGCAUCAAAGGAGACAGAUGCUCAAAAGCAGUUGUUUACUGCUUUAAGCAAUUUGCUAAUGAUAGAGGGGAGAGAGAAAAUAACCAGCAGCUCCACAGGCAGGAAGUGGGAAUGGAGUGCAACAAAGGAGAACUGUCAAUGAUCAAAGGUGGUAACGGAAAAACAGAGGAGCCUGAAAGGAGAUUCAGCUGCUUUUGUUUCAUUCCUGCCUGAGGAAGUGGUAACUCUUGUGCCUGGGGUAGCCGCUUGAAUGAAGUUCUACUUAGCAUCAAGAAAGGCAAUAAAAAUGAGCUUUGGAUUGAAAUUAUUUCUGCAGUGGACGUGUUAUUGCAGAGCCGUCUGCAUGUCUAUACCACAGGAGGCACACUUAUUUGGUAGCCUCUGUUGAAUAUGUUGGAGAAAUUGAACAAUCGAGCAGCAUGGUGGUGUAGUGGUUAUUGUAAUGCUAUUACGGUGCCAAUGACCUGGGUUCGAUUCCACCACUCUUUAAGGAGUUUGCAUGUUCUCCCGUGACCACGUUUUUCCUCCAGAUGCCCCCGUAUCCUCCCACAGUCCAAAGACAUAUGGGUUAGUAGAUUAACUGGUCACGUGAGUGUAAUUGGGUGGUGUGGGCUCAUUGUGCCAGAGGGGCCUCUUACCAUACUGUAUUUCUGAAUAAAAAAAUAUAUUUCUCUUUUAGCAGGAUUUUGACAGCACUAUACUCAAAUCAUUGCCGCUGGCUAAAUUCUGUCCACUGAGUAGCACCAUUCUAGGUCUCCAUAACACCACCCAAGUCUUAACAUAAGUAUGCAUAAUAAUCCAUAUGUGAUAGUGAAAAUGAACACAGUGUUUGUGUUAGAUGGUGAAAACCAUUUCAUUAUCAGACCAGGCUGAAACUUGGAUAGAAACUCCAAUCAUGUAGGAUCAAAUUUCCGCCAGAGAAAUGUUAAAACGUCUGUGUGAAAUUGACAUUUUAGUUUCUUACAUAGGAAAUAGGAAAAUAUCUAAGUUGCAAUAGGACUAUGCACUCAGUGGCCACUUUAUUAGGUACAGGAGUGGAACUCACUGUGGUCUUCUGCUGCUGUAGCCCAUCCACUUUAAGGUUUGACGUGAUCUGUGUUCAGAGAUGCUCUUCUGAACCCCACUGUUGUAGUACCAUGUGAUUAUUUGAGUUAUUGUCGCCUGACAGGUUGAACCAGUCUGGCAAUCCUCCUCUGACCUCUCUUAUUAACAAGGCAUUUUCACCCAUAGAACUGCCACUCACUACAUGUUCUUUUGUUUGCUUUUCACACCAUUUUCUAUAUACUCUACAGGUUGUUGGGCAUGAAAAUUCCAGAAAAUCAGCAGUUUCAGAGAUAGUCAAAGAACCCCAUCUGGCAGCAACAAUCAUUCCAUGGUCAAAGUCACUUAGAUAACAUUUCUUCACUGUUCGAUGUUUGGGCUAAACAACAGCUGAACCUCUUGACCAUGCCGGCAUGCUUUUAAGCAUUGAGCUGCUGCUACCUGAUUGGCUGAUUAGUUAUUUGCAUUAAUGAGCAGAUGUACCUAAUAGAGUGGCCACUGAGUGUAAAUGAGUUGGAGUUUAUUGAAUAAUUGGUAUAGUACAAGUGUCUUUUGUAUUCCAUUUUGGGGAUAAAAAUGAGCGAUUUAGCUUGUCUGACUUUCAUGUAGACCAUCUCUGAAAUGUAAGUCCAUAUUUGCUACUUUUGAUCCAUACCCCUCAUAUGCCAGCCUUAUAAAAUCCCAACCUUGCCCUCUCCCAUGCAGCUAUUGGAUUUACAACAGCUUCCCCUUACCUGCACUUUUCAUAAAUUGAUUGCGAAAAUGAGGCAAGUGCACGCACGUCAAUAUGCGGAGAACCCUAUGCAUGGGAAGCUCUCUCUUUUUGUGCAGGCUUUUGAUUGUGCAUCUUUAUAUCUCAGCAGGUCCAGUUCGUAAGUCAGCCAUGGCAUUCCUGUGGGUAACGUCAUUCAGUAAAAAUGUUUAAUCAUGCUACUCCAUCACUGUUCUUGCUUGCAUAUUUGUGACAGUUCCCACCAUUCAGAAGCACAGGUUCUCCUUCCAGCUGAAGAAGUGAAUCAUCUAUACUUGAGUCUAGUCUGCAGCAUCCAUGGCUCGCAUUGUGGUACAUCGAGACUGCUUUGCGUUAAAGAAAUCACUGCAGUUUGGGUGACUCCUUUGCUGAACACCACUGUUAAUCUGCAAGUCUAUUUAGUUACCUGUUAUUUUAAUUCUUCAGCCGCUGUUACUGUGACCAUUUUAUCUUUGGUUUCUUACAUUGUUUAAACAAAGUUCUCUUAAGAAAUAGCACCUCUUCUUUUGAUUUGACACUUUACAGCCUUCCAGACAAUACUGAAUGUAAUAAUUUAAGAUAAAUGACCAUUCUAGUCUUGUAUCUUUUUCUAGUCUUUACAUUCCUCUGGUAUUUCCAAUAUAAUUUGUCACCUCUUUACUGUUUUCCUAGACAUGGUUUUUGUGAUUAACUUGCCUUUACCAAUUUCUUUCAGCCAGCUGCACGCCCAUUUGUGUCAUUCAGCCUCUCCUGCCUUUCACCCUUUAUUGACUCUCCUUUUCCUUCCCUCUCCUUGCCUUUCUCUACUGCUUAAUACCAUGUAUUUACCUUAAUUUUGUCAAAGUUGAUGAUCUUAUCAUAAGAGUUGAAAAAUAAGCUGUUUCUCUCUCUAGAGACGCUGCCUAACCUGCUGAUUAUUUCCAAACAACAAGACACACAAAAUGUUGGUAGAACACAGCAGGCUAGGCAGCAUCUAAAGGGAGAAGCGAUGUCGACGUUUCGGGCCAAGACCCUUUGUCAGGACUAAUCGAAAGGAAAAAAAACAUUAUUUCCAAUACGUGUUUCAAAUGUCUGUAAAUAAAAUUGCUCAUGGUUUUGAAAUUUGCAAUUGUCUUGGCAUCUGCAGCCUCUGGGGAGAAGUUUCAGUUUAAAAUUGCCUAAUCUUAUCUGCAGAUUCUGCCACGUUUGAGAUUUCAACUUCCCCAAUCCUGAACCAGAUGAUGUCUGGUUCAUAGACAUGGAUAGAUUCAUAGACUCAUAGAUUCUGUCUACUCCAUCAACAAACACCUUCUGUAACCUUGGAUAUCUCCUUUUCACAACCUAACCUUGUAAAAUCUAAGAAUUACAAGACCAGUCAAUGUGACUUGCCCUUAAUUUACCUCUUAACAUAUGCUAAAUGGCCAUGGCAUUUUCCCAAACUAGUGUAGUUCAUAGGUUGGCGCCUAAAAUGAUGUGGUUCUCCAUGGGAUGUCCCACUUGAACUCUAUGCACCUAAAACAUGAUUUUCUCUCUUGGUAUCCCUUGAGAUUAAGGCAAGCACCUCCAUUUUUUUUUCUAGUUUACCUUUUCUACCUGUACCUUGUUAUCUUAAUCAAAUAGUUCCUUUUGAGGACGUUAAAGUCUGCAGAUACCAAAAUUUGAAGCAAUACACAUUGUUUGAGAAAAUCAGCAGCUGGGAUAACAUCAUAAACCUGCUGAGUACCUCUGACAUUUCAUGUGUUGUGUAAGUACUUGUUUGUUGAAUCGCAAGUGAAAGACAUUACCUUUCCCCAUAGUGAACUCUCAAAUUGUGAAGCUUUGCCCACUGUAGAGGAUGGUAGAAAAUUAAUGAUACAUACAAAGACUAUUUUGACCCAUCAUGUCCCUGGUAAUUGAAAAAUGCCACCCCAGCACAAUAUUAAUUUCCAGGGCCUGAUUUGAGCUCUGCAAGUUGUAGCUUUUCAAGUACACAUCUAAGUCCUGUUUAAAACUAAUGAGGGUAUCUGCCAGCUUUUUGAAGAAAAAGUCUCACACUUAAAAUGAGAAGAUUUCUCGCCAUCUUCCCUCUACCCUUUAAAACUAAGCCCACUUACUUGUGAUCGCUUUUAUUUCAAUUAUGAUUCUAUCUUGGGCCUCGUAUUUUGUAUGUCUGGAUUAAGUCUCCCCUCAGACUCCUCUGUUGCUGAACUUUAACAUACCAAAUCUUUCCUUGCAGUAAAUGGGUUUUCCAGUCUUGGCAACAUUCUUAACUUUCUCUCAGUUCUGAUGAAAGAUUCUGGGCCUUACACGUUUAACAGUUUCUCCUACCACAGAAGCUGCCCAACCUGCAGAACAUUCCCAGUAUUUUCUAUCUUAUUUCAGAUUUAGGUGUUUGUAAUUUUUUUUAAAUUUCCUUAUAAAUUUCAUUGUAGUAAAGGACUAGAAUCAGUCAUACAGCAUGGAAACGGACCCUUUGGCCACUCUCAUCCAGGCUGACCAAGUUUCCCAGCUAAACUAGUCCCAUUUGCUCAUGCUUGGUCUCUUUCCUUCUAAACUUUUCCUAUUGAUGUACCUGCCCAGGUGACAUUUAGGUGUCAGUUACAGUAUCUGCCUCAACCACUGCCUCUAGCAGCCCAUUCCAUAUAUGCAUCACCCUCUCUGUGUGAAGUUGUUUCCCCUCUGGUCCCUUUUAAAUCUUUCUUCUAUCACCCUAGUUUUUGAUUGUCUUUCACGGAGGUGGGGGGGGACGACUGCAUUUAGUCUACCUCUUCACUCAGAGGGUGGUGAGAGUGAGUGUUGAAUUAGCUGCCGGAACAAGUGGUCCAUGCGAGCUUGAUUUCAACAUUUAAGGGAAGUUUGGUUAGGUAUAUUAAUAGUAGGGAUCUGAAGGCUAUGGUCCCAGUACAGGUAUUGAGAGUAGGCAGUUUACUACUUGGCAUGGGCUAGAUGGGCCAAAGGGCCUGUUUCUGUGCUGUACUUCUUUAUGACACUAUGUCCCUCAUUAUUUUACUGACUGACCCCCCCCCCCACCCAGUUUCCUAUGCUCUAAUGGUGGUCACAGUCUACUGAACCCCUUUCCCAGCCUGGCUGAUACUAUGAAAAUGAGAGAAGAAUGGUUUUAAUCUUAUUUCUUUUCUGGUAUUUCCUUAUGUACCUCCCCUCCUGCUGUAGGCAUCUGAGAGAUUAUGUAAACUGUCAGUGUGUAAUGGUAAGGAGUGCCACUAAUUCUUUGUCACAUUGUUUUAGCUUGGCUGCUGCCAAUUUGGAGGUGGGGAAGGGGUUGGGACUCGAUGAAUAUCUGGGAUUUUCAGCCCUCGUUCAACACUGUUGGUUCUGAUCACCCGCCAGUCCACCAACUCCAUUUGAAUCGCUUUGUCAAGCUCGUGCUUCCAUAAUUACUGGCUUCUUCUUGAUUUCUGUAAUAGAAAACUGUUUAUGAAAGUGCACAUUGCAGCCAAUGGAGAUCUAUCAACAAUGAACAAAGAAAUAAUCACAGAGAAUACUGGAAUUUAGAUCUGUCCUCUGCUGCUGGGUUGUUUUAUUUCAGAUCAAAUGUAAGACUUGUGUUCAGCUGCAUGUCUGUAGCAGAAGAAGUUACAAUUACUUCUUUUGCCCCAUCUGGACGGUUCAGCUCUGUGGUCUGUUUUAUGUCAAACCAUAUUAGAGAUUUACAUCCAGUACUCAUUUCUGGUUUGGAACAAUUGUUAUGGAGGUGUUCCAUAUGGUGUUGAUCAUCUGUCUAAAGUGUUAAUUACAAGUUGCCAAGUUGGGCAAAGAGACGACAGCUGUUGGGCUCAUUGCCAGCAACAGUGAGAUGGCCGACAGAGAAGAAGUGGAAAAGCUCAAGGCCUGCUGCCAAUCAAAAAUAAUCUCUUACUCACUGUCAACAGGACAAAGGAGAUGGUUAUUGAUUUCAGGAGAACUUGCACCACUCUCACCCCCCUUUACAUCGGCGGCACAGCAGUGGAAAUUGCGAGCAGAUUCAAACUGCUGGAAGUGCACAUCUCACAUAAGCGCUCAUGGUCCCAGAGCACAUCCGCCACUGUCAAGAAAGCUCGCCUCUACUAUGAAGGGGCUGAAGAGAACGGAACGAUGCACAUCAAUACUCACGACCUUCUACCGAUGUGCAGUUGAGAGCAUCCUUACGUGCUGCACCACUGUGUGGGUACAGAAGCAGUCCUGCGAUGGACAGAAUGGCUUGACAACGGGCGGUGAAAACUGCCCAAUGCAUCAGCGGCACUAGCCUCCCACCUUCAAGGUCAUAUACUACAUACAGAAAAGUGCCAGCAAUAUCUUGAAGGAUCACACCCAGCCUGGGUAUGUACUGCUUGUCCCAUUUCCAUCAGGGUAGAAGCUACGCAGCAUCUGUGCCAGAACUUCAGCAGAGCCGAACUCCUUUCACUAGCAAACUAAACACUGUCACGAGGAGGAAAAAAUUCAACUCGGACAGAAAAAAGAUCAGAAACAAACAGUUGAACAUUAAAUCAUUAAUCAAAUGUGUCUCCUUUAAACCCCGUGGAACUGAUUCAUCCCCCACUUGAAAUCUUCCGGGGAAGUGGGCUGAGUGCUUUUUAUAGGCACAGUAUACCCUUUGUUUUACAACAUUAAAUAACAGUAGAUUUAAUUUGGCUUUUUUGUCACUGAUCAACAGGAAAAGGUUCUUUCGUGUCAAAGUGAAAACAGAUCUCUACAAAGUGAUCAAAAUUAAUUACAAAUAUAAAACAUAAAAUAACUGAUUGCAUAAAUAUUCACUGUGACUGAGUCAUUAUUUAGUAGAUGCACCUUUGACAGCAAUAGAUCUCUCUGGGCUUUGUACAUCUGGACAAUGCAAUUAUUUCCCCUUUCUUCUUUACAAAACUGUUCAAGCUGUAUAAGAUUGCAUGGGGAUUGUGAGUGAACAGUCCAGACACAAAUUCUCAAUUGGAUUGAGGUCAGGACUCUGACUUAGCACACCAGUACAUUAACUUUGUUGUUUUUAAGCCAUUCCUGUGCAGCUUUGGCUUUAUGCUUGGGGUCAUUGUCCUGCUGGAAAGCAAAUUUUUCUCCCAAGACACAGUUUUCUGUUUUUCCUCCAGGAUCUCCCUGCAUUUUGCUGCAUUCAUUUUUCCCUCUACCUUCACAAGUCUUCCAGGCCCUGCUGCAGUGAAGCAUCCCCACAGCAUGAUGCAGCCACCUCCAUGCUUCACAUUAGGGAUGGUGGGCUUUUUAUGAUGUGCGGUAUUUGGCUUAUGCCAAACAUGGCAUUUAGUCUGAUGGCCAAAAAGCUCAAUUUUGAUUUCACCAGACUAUUGAACCUUCUUCCAGUUGAGUUAAGACUCUCCCACAUGCCUUCUGGCAAACUCCAGCCGAGAUUUCCUGAGAGUUUUUUUCAACAGUGGCUUUCUCUUGAAUUAAAUUGACUUUUUUACUUACAUCCUUCACAUAUAUGAGGAAUAAAAAUCUUUUCAUUGCAUCUCCAUCUGAAUGUGCAAUUUAUAGUAGUUUAUAAUAAAUAUUAUGUACCACAGGAUAGUCAAUAUAACAUAGAAAUACAGUUGCAUCAGCAUGAAUUAAGCAGUCUGAUGGCCUGGUGGAAGAAGCCAUCUGUUGGUCCUGGCUUUUAUGCUGUGGUACCAUUUCCCAGAUGGUAGCAGCUGGAACAGUUUGUGGUUGGGGUGACUCAGGUCCCCAAUGAUCCUUCAGGCCCUUUUUACACAGCUGUCUUUGUAAAUGUCCUGAACAGUGGGAAGUUCACAUCUACAGAUGCACUGGGCUGUCCGCACCACUCUCUGCAGGGUCCUGCGAUUGAGGGAAGUACAGUUCCCAUACCAGGCAGUGAUGCUGCCAGGCAGGAUCCUCUCAAUUGUGCCCCUGUAAAAAGUUCUUAGAAUUUGGGGGGCCAUACCAAACUUCUUCAACCAUCUGAGGUGAAAGAGGUGCUGUUGUGCCUUUUUCACCACACUGCUGGUGUGUACAGACCACAUGAGAUCCUUGGUGAUGUGUAUACCGAGGAACUUAAAGAUGUUCACCCUCUUAACCCCAGACCCAUUAAUGUCAAUAGGAGUGAGCCUGUCUCCAUUCCUCCUGUAAUCCACAACCAGAUCCUUUGUUUUUGUGACAUUGAGGGAGAGGUGGUUUUCUUGACACCACUGUGUCAGGGUGAUGACUUCUCUGUAGACUGCCUCGUUAUUAUUUGAGAUUAGGUCAAUCAGUGUAGUGUGGUCAGCAAAUUUAGUUAGCAGACUGGAGCUGUGGUUGGCGACACAGUCAUGGGUAUACUGAGAGUAAAGGAGAGGGCUUGGUACACAGUCCUGAGGGGCACCUAUGUUGAGGGUCAGAGGUCAGGGAGCCCACUCUUAUCACCUGCCGGUAAUCUGACAGGAAGUCCAGGGUCUAACUACACAGGACAGGGUGAAGGCCAAGGUCUCUGAUCUUCUUGUUGAGCCUGGAAGGAAUUAUGUUGUUGAAUGCUGAACUGUAGUCCAGGAACCGCUUUCUCACAUAAGCAUCCUUCUUCUCCAGAUGUGUAAGGACGGUGCAUAGAGCUAUGGCUAUUGCUGUCGAUUGGUUGUGUUGGCAUGUGAAUUAUAGGGGGGCUAGUAUAGGCGAAGGUAAUGCUGCAAAGGUCGUUCUUGACCAGACUCUCAAAGCAUUUGCUUAUUGAGGUGAGUGCAACAGGACGCCAGUUGUUCAGACAUGUUACCUUGGUCUUUUUAGGUACUGGAAUAAUGGUGGAUGUUUUGAAGCAGGAGGGUACUCUACACUGGGAGAGGGAGAGGUUAAAAAUGUCUGUAAACAACCUGCCAAUUGUGCUGCGCACAUCCUGAGUACCCACCCUGGGAUGCCGUUUGGUCCUGCAGCCUUGUGACUGUCCACUCAUUGGAAAUACCUGCGUACUUCAGUCUCAGAGAUGACCAAGGUGCAGGUCACAUCAGCUGCAGGUCUCCUCAGGGGCUCAGUGUUGGCCACAUCAAAUUGAACGUAAAAAAGAUUUAGCUCGUUUGCCAGAGAGGCAUUAAUGUUGGAAACUCCACUGCAGUUAGCUUUGAAGUCUGCAAUGGUGUGCAGACCUUGCCAUAAGCUGGGUGUGUUGUUGGUGGAAAGUUGUGUCUGGAUCUUCGUCAUUCUUCAAUAAAGCUGUGACUGGUGAAGCACCUGGACAACAGUUGUUGUAUGCUCAGACUUUCCCAUAUCAGCCACUGAAGCUUGUAACUCCUCCAGAGUUGUCAUAGGUCUCUUGAUGGCUCCUCUUCCAAGUCUCCUUCUUGCAUAGUCAGUUUUUUGAGGAUGCCUGCUCUAGGCAGAUUUACAGCUGUGCCAUAUCUUUCCAUUUCUUGAUGAUUGAAUUAACUGUACUCUAAGGGAUAUUCAGUGACUUGGAAAUUUUCAUGUAUCCAUCUCCUGACUAGUGCUUUUCAAAAACCUUUUUGUAGAGUUGCUUGGAGUGUUCUUUUGUCUUCAAGGUGUAGUUUUUUGCCAGGAUACUGACUCACCAGUAAUUGGACCUUCUAGAUACAGGUGCAUUUUUACUACAAUCAAU